UAUUCCAAACCCCAUCACUACCGUACAAUUUCUAAUCUACGGUCAAGAUUCAUCCCCACAAAAUUUAGCCCAUACUAUAAACUCAACUCCCUUAUUUCUCCCAGAUUUUCUCUCUUACAGAUCACAAAGAUGGCGUCUUUGGCCCUCACCUCCGCCGUCAACCUCCGUCUCCGGCCAACCCCAUCUCAAAAAUCACACCUUUUUUCUCCCCAAUCCCUACAAUCCACUCAAAUAUCAAAAAAGACCCCAUCUUUUUUGACUUCUUCAUUCAAGAACCCCUUAAAUCUUGAAAAAAGAUUGAAUCUUGGAAAAAGAUUGAAUCUUGAUAAACCCAGAAAUGUAAUUAUAAAAGCUUCAGCUUCUUCUACUCCUUCAGCUAUAGUUCCACCUCAGCAGCCAUGGCAAGGUGCAGCAAUAAAGCCAUUAAUUGCAUCUAUAGCCACUGGAAUUAUCCUCUGGCUUAUUCCUGCACCUGCUGGUGUUACGAAAAAUGCAUGGCAAUUAUUAGCCAUUUUUUUAGCUACAAUUGUUGGGAUUAUAACUCAACCUUUACCUCUUGGUGCUGUGGCACUUAUGGGACUUGGUGCUUGUGUUUUAACUAAAACACUUACUUUUGCAGCUGCAUUUUCAGCUUUUGGUGAUCCAAUCCCAUGGUUAAUUGCACUUGCAUUUUUCUUUGCAAGAGGUUUUAUUAAGACUGGAUUAGGGAAUAGAAUUGCUUAUCAGUUUGUUUCAUUAUUUGGUAGUAGUUCAUUGGGUUUAGGUUAUAGUUUGGUUUUUAGUGAAGCCCUUUUAGCUCCUGCUAUUCCUUCAGUUUCUGCUAGAGCUGGUGGGAUUUUCUUGCCUUUGGUAAAAUCACUUUGUGUAGCUUGUGGAAGUAAUGUAGGUGAUGGAACUGAACACAAGUUAGGAUCUUGGUUAAUGUUGACUUGUUUUCAAACAUCUGUUAUUUCAUCAUCCAUGUUCUUGACAGCUAUGGCUGCUAAUCCUUUGAGUGCAAAUUUGACUCUAAGUACAAUUAAUCAAACAAUUGGGUGGAUGGAUUGGGCUAAAGCAGCUAUAGUUCCUGGUUUAGUGUCUUUGAUUGUGGUUCCAUUGCUUUUGUAUAUAAUUUAUCCGCCCACUGUGAAGAGUAGUCCGGAUGCACCUAGGUUGGCUAAGGAGAAGUUGGAGAAAAUGGGGCCAAUGUCUAAGAAUGAGAUGAUUAUGGCUGGAACUCUGCUUCUUACGGUUGGUCUUUGGAUAUUUGGUAGCACAUUAAAGGUUGAUGCUGUUACUGCAGCAAUUCUUGGACUAUCUGUACUCCUUAUCACCGGCGUUGUAACAUGGAAAGAAUGCUUGGGUGAGGCGGUUGCUUGGGACACUCUUACUUGGUUUGCUGCACUAAUUGCAAUGGCUGGUUAUCUGAACAAAUACGGUCUCAUCUCUUGGUUUAGUGAAACUGUGGUCAAGGUUGUUGGUGGAUUAGGACUUUCGUGGCAGUUGUCAUUCGGAAUUCUUGUUCUUCUGUACUUCUACUCUCACUACUUCUUCGCAAGUGGAGCUGCUCAUAUCGGAGCAAUGUUCACAGCAUUCUUAUCCGUUGCUAGUGCACUAGGUACUCCACCGUACUUGGGAGCGUUGGUGCUCUCUUUCCUCUCGAACCUUAUGGGUGGAAUUACUCACUAUGGAAUCGGAUCAGCACCUGUAUUCUACGGUGCAAACUAUGUCCCCCUCGCAAAAUGGUGGGGAUACGGGUUUGUAAUUUCCAUCGUCAACCUUAUAAUCUGGCUUGGAGUCGGAGGAAUUUGGUGGAAGGCCAUCGGCUUGUGGUAGAGUUGCUGGUUAAGAUGAAACCUUCUGAUUUACAGUAGUUAACGAUGAUACCUGUUACAACCUCCUCAUAUGAUCUUGGCGUGGACCGUUAAGAUUAGUUUCCUAUUCUUUUUUCUGAAAUAAGUUUUGGUAAUUUUUGGUGGAGACUGGUGUAGUUAAAGAAUGGUAUAGAAAUUAGGUCCAUUUGUAGCUGAAGUUCAAGUUUUUGCUGAAAUUUUUUUGACAUUGAAACUUCAAGUUGUAAGAGCUGAGUGACUAGCUCACUUCAAUUCUUUUUACAUUUAUUGCCUACAACUUUGCUUAUUCUUUA